AUGGACCAGUUGCGAUCGACGUACCCCGACCGGGUGCCGAUCCUCUUGGCGAACGGCGUGCCGUUCUUGUGGGAGAGUAGGGAUGUAGAGCGCGUCCGUACAGAGCACAAUUUGUGUGGUCUGCUCACCGGAACGCUCCCGUUGAUCCCGCAGCAGAAUGUAUUCCUAGGCAUGCCGCUGCGCCUCUUGCCAGAGGAGGUCGUGCUCUUGCUGCGGCGGCGCGCGGCUGUGCUGAUCGAUGAUGCGCAUGCAUAUGGUGCACCGACGGAGGAGGAGCGGUCCGAGUACCUCGCGCACGAGGCACAAGAGAUCCUCGACCAGAAAGAGCGCCAGCGCCGCCAGCAGGAGGAGCAUCGGCAGCGCAUGGAGGCGGCCAUCACGCAAGAAUCGGGCGAUGCACGCGCACUUGAGCGCCGCCGUGCGCGCCAGGCAGCCAAGCAGGCCAAGGGACAGGCGCCGGACGAGACGCCAGAGGAGAACGAGCAGGACGUGCUGGCCAAAAUGCCCUACGUCCACCAUACCCACAGCACCUCGGCGCACCUUCCCGCCUACCACCCCGCCACGGCCGAAAUGAACACCGGCACCACGAACGCCUAUCUGACGCUCCAAGAGGCACAGGUGGCAGGCGUAUGGACAUACCCAAGCACACUGCAAGAGCGUGCGCGGUGCGCUGCAUUUGAAGCGCUGCACAGCAAGGGCUUCUUUUUGAGCACCGGCUUGCGGUUCGGCGGCGACUUUGUCGUGUAUCCUGGCGAUCCCUUGCGGUAUCACUCGCACUAUACUGCCACGGUGCUCGCGACGCCGCAGCAGCCGAUGGCCGCAUUUCACGUCGUGGCGUCCGGGCGUCUCGGCACGGCGGUCAAGAAGUCGCAUCUGCUGUGCCAAGCCAACACGAUUGUUCUCGACGAUGCCGAGGCGCUCGAACGGCGCCUGGCGGGAUACGAUGAUGCCACAGAGAGCACGCCGGCGCUGCCGUGGGGCAAUGCCGAGUACUGGAGCUUGGCAUGGGCAGGAUUUGGUACAUAG